AUGUCGGUUUCUACUAAGCGCAGAUAUGUUACGAAUAAGGUAGUGUCUGAGUACUACACACCUGUGGAAGGAGAUAUUAUCGCCCAAGUGAGAGGUGCUAGAGGCAAUAAUCUUCAUGAGGUUGAGGACGAAAGUGGUGAAGUGUAUGUGGCGAGUAUGCCAUCGAAAUUCAGGAAGACGGUGUGGAUUCGAAGAGGCCAGUUUGUAGUGUUGCGUCCAAUUGAAGAAGGUGGUAAGGUAAAAGCCGAAAUCGAACACGUUCUUGACGAAGAAAAUGUGCUUUACAUAAGAUCAAAAGACAAGUGGCCACUUCGAUUUGAAGAACAAGCUAAAAUGAUGACCAGAGAGGCUAAACGUGGAGUAAAUGGGGAGCAUUCCAUGAUUGAUGACGAUAUGCUCCCGUCAAGUGACAGUGAUGAGUCAGAAGACGACGAGGAAGGAACAGAUGACGACGAAGAUAUGACAAGGCGUAAUUCAGACCGGGUAGUCUCACUUACCAAAAUGUAA